AUGAGUCCAGUAAUACCUCUACCGGAGGCCUCGGGAUUGCUGCCAAAAUGGCAGCUACUGGUUGCUGUCAUGGCGGUGUUCAACACUGCACAGAACUUCGCAACUCUGAAACUCACUAGAAGAAUAUAUGACAGAGUCCCCGAGCAUCUAGUUACACCGUUGCAGGCUCGUACAUUCGCAAUAUGGACUCUCACGUCGGCCGUGGUGCGAUUCUAUGCUGCAUAUCACAUAAAUGAAAAAGUCGUGUACGACAUGGCACUCUUCACGUACCUCCUCGCGUUCGGUCACUUCUCAUCAGAGCUGCUCAUCUUCCGUACCGCAAAGCUCAACGCUGGCGUGAUCAGCCCAGUGAUUGUCUCCACUACGUCUUUAAUUUGGAUGUUUCGACAGUACGACUUUUACGUCAAGGGUUGA